GCGCACAGUUGGGCCACACCAGCAGUCGUUGAAUCACUCCCUUGUCAGAUCGACUGACACGUUUGUUCGCUUGCCUGUUUUUCUUCAACACUUUCCAGUCACGAUUCUGCCGCCGCCAAUUGUUUCUAUCGUUUUUAUUUGUUGUCUUUCGCUUGAAAGAACGAAAAAAAAAAAAAGUUUGAUUUCAAGAAGGAAAUCCAAGUAAAUAAAGGAGGUUGUGCGUGACGUUAUUGGAUCAAGACACGAUGAACGACCGAUGAAGAAGUUCUCUCUCAUUCCGGUUUCCGUGGUUCAUUAUUGUUCUUUAGCCGGCCGUUCAAUGGACGGACAGAAUGCGAACGAGUGGAUGAGUCGGUGUUGUGGGCGAACACGACGACCUUAUGGCAAACGUUUGUCCAGUGUGGCGUGUUUCCUUCUGCUGUUUCUCAUGCUCGUUCUUGGAUCGCGACGUUGCAAUGGCGCUAUGGAAAUUCGCGAUCCAGCAUCCAGCAGCAGACACAAUGGCGGCGCAAAUCAUUUCGUCGAAGAUGACGAAGACGACGAUGGCGACGGCUUGGUGUGGCCGACCUUGUCGCUUUCGCCGCGAUUCCAGCACAUCCCACCUCCGCCCCCGCCCAUCAUUUACGGCCCGUUUUUCGAGCCCGAAUUUCCGACCAAUAUCAGCGUCCUGGCCGGACAGACGGUUUUGCUUCAGUGCCGUGUCAUGGACCUCGGUGAUCGAGUGGUUUCGUGGGUUCGACAAUCGGAUUUGGCUAUUUUGGCAUCGGGUGGAGUGAGCCACACGAGCGACAACCGAAUCACGGCAUCGGCUGACGAAACGCUGACCGAUUGGGAACUACAAAUCGCUGAAGCCCAAACCAAAGAUUCCGGCUUAUACGAAUGCCAGGUCAACACGGAACCCAAAAUCAAUUGGCCCGUUACUGUUCACGUUGAAGCUGCUCUAGCGUCGAUAGUCGGCACCUCAGAGCUCUACGUCCGAACAGGCAGCACCAUUAGCUUGACGUGCAUCAUUCAAGGGUCGGGUUCCAUUCCACCGCGUGUCCUCUUUUGGUUCCACAACUCCAAGCCGAUUGCGUUAGAUUCGCCGCGCGGUGGGAUAUCAUUGGAGACGGAACGGACGGUCACGGGCAUGUCGUCCAAAUUACUCCUCACGCGCGCUGCCCUUCAAGACGGAGGGAACUACACUUGCGCCCCACCCGGCGCUCAACCUGCCGACGUCACCGUUCACGUCCUAAACGGUGAGCAUCCGGCAGCCAUGCAACGAGGGAACAGGAGUCCGUCGACCAAUGGGGCAGAAAGGGCUGCCCAUUUGGGUGCCAAAUGCCUGUGGGCCGUUCAAGUAAUUACAUUACAGUAUUCCAUCCAGCGCUGGCUUUUUGGCAAUUCGUCUCCGUCUCCAGCCACUUGAAAUGAUUGGAACGUCCGAUACAUUAGGACCUAGAUGUCCGAACGGGAAAAAGAAUUAAUGUCAAAAAAGUUGAUUUUUUUUUUUUGAUUUUUUUUUUUUUUUUAUAAUGAGGGUUUGUUUUUGAAAAACUAAAGUGAAAACAAAAUGUGUUUUAGCCUCCCUAUUAUAUUCUUAUUCCUUUUUAUCAUUAUUAUUAUUAUUAUUAUUAUAUCUAUUAUUAAGUAUAUUAUAUUGUAUACGACGAGUGUCGACGUCAUCUCGGGUGACAUAGUACGUGACAAACAAGACAUUCGUGACAUUUUCACCUUUUUUUUCAUCUGUUCAUCCUAUAUCCCAUUCAUUUUUUUUUUGCCCGUUGUACUGUGUGCAAGAAUGGUGAUUUUUAAGAAGAAGAAAAAAAGGUAAUGUUAUCCUCCAUAUAUUUCUAUAUAAUGAUAUUAAGCACUGCAUCGCCCUCUCUCCUUCCCAAUCUGUAUUCCAAUUUCGAUUAUCAUUUCUUAUUAUUUAUAAUGUAAAAUUCUACUUUUCUCCUUCAUUUCACUGGAUUUUCUUAGUGAAAUCAAUUUUUUGUUUUUGUUUCCUACCAAUCCCCAGUAAAAGCACGCCCCAGUGAUGAAGAUCGUGAUGAUUAGCUGGAAGGGAGAAUGAAUGGUCAGUGUUUGAACAUAACAAAAGCAAAAAGCAACCAAAAAGAAAAUAAUAUGUCAGUCAUUAAUA